AUGCAUAGAGCCACCCUGAACUGCUGUUUUCGGCGGACUUUAGUAAUUGGGACAAGUGCUGUCUCAUUAGUUGGAGCUGGUUUACUUUACGCCUUGGAAAAUGCCAUUAAAGUUGAAGCUUUCGAACAUUUCCCUCAUCCAGCUCCAUUGCCAUGGGAACACAAGAGGAUUUUUGGCACUGUUGACAUGGCUUCUGCACGUCGUGGUUACGAAGUAUAUAAACAAGUAUGUAAAGCAUGUCAUUCAAUGAAGUGGAUAGCUUACCGCCAUUUGGUUGGUAAUAUCAUGACAGAGGAAGAAGCAAAAGCAGAAGCUGCGGCUGUUACAGUUCCUGACAUUGAUGAAGCUGGGAAUCCAAUUGAACGUCCUGGAGAGCUCAAUGAUCGUUUAUUAUCACCUUACCCAAAUGUUGCUGCUGCAAAGGCUGCAAAUGGUGGCGCUUUUCCACCAGAUCUUUCAAUGUUGUUACUUACGCGAGAGGGUGCGGAGGAUUAUGUUUUUUCAUUACUAACAUCUUAUAUGGAUCCACCAGCUGGAGUGAAGGUUAUGGAUGAAGGCAAAUAUUAUAAUCCCUAUUUUCUCGAUGGUGUCAUAAGUAUGCCGCAGCAGCUAUUUGAUGGUGGAAUUGAAUACAAAGAUGGUACACCUGCAACAGCAAGUCAGCAGGCUAAAGAUGUAGUAACAUUUAUGCGUUGGACAGCUGAACCUUUCUAUGAAAAAAAGAAAAGACUGCUUUUAAAGUUCUUAUUAUUUUUGCCGUUGCUGACUUUCGUAUUGGUUUACGGCAAACGGCAUGCUUGGACAUAUAUAAAAGGACGCAAAAGCAUGUGGAGAACUGUCAAGGGACGCGAACGGCCUAGUAAACAGAAUAGCUAA